UGCCUACCAGCUGACAUGCUACUUCUCCAACUGGGCCCAGUACCGGCCAGGCCUGGGGCGCUUCACGCCUGACAACAUCGACCCCUGCCUCUGUACCCACCUGAUCUACGCCUUUGCUGGGAUGCAGAACAACAAGAUCACCACCAUCGAAUGGAAUGACGUGACUCUCUACCAAGAAUUCAAUGGCCUGAAAAACAAAAAUAGUCAACUGAAAACUCUCUUGGCUAUUGGUGGCUGGAACUUUGGCACUGCUCCUUUCACUGACAUGGUUUCCACUCCUGCGAACCGCCAGACUUUCAUCAACUCAGUCAUCGAAUUCCUGCGCCAGUAUGAGUUUGAUGGGCUGGACUAUGACUGGGAGUACCCCGGCUCUCGUGGGAGCCCUUCUCAGGACAAGCAUCUCUUCACUGUCCUGGUGCAGGAAACGCGUGAAGCUUUUGAGCAGGAGGCCAAGCAGAGCAACAAGCCCAGGCUGCUGGUCACUGCUGCAGUAGCUGCUGGCAUCUCCACCAUCCAGUCUGGCUACGAGAUCCCCCAACUGUCGCAGUACCUGGACUACAUCCAUGUCAUGACCUACGACCUCCAUGGCCCCUGGGAGGGCUACACUGGAGAGAACAGCCCCCUGUACAAAUACCCGACUGACACUGGCAGCAACGCCUACCUCAAUGUGGAUUAUGCCAUCAACUACUGGAAGGACAACGGGGCCCCAGCUGAGAAGCUCAUCGUUGGAUUCCCAGCCUAUGGACAUACCUUCCUUCUGAGCAAUCCCUCCAAUCAUGGAAUUGGCGCCCCUACCACUGGUCCUGGCCCUGCUGGGCCCUAUACCAGGGAGUCUGGGUUCUGGGCCUACUAUGAGAUCUGUACCUUCCUGAAGAAUGGAGCUACUCAAGUAUGGGAGGCUAAUGAGGAUGUUCCCUAUGCCUACAAAGGAAAUGAGUGGCUUGGAUAUGAUAACACCAAGAGUUUCCAAAUCAAGGCUGACUGGCUAAAGAAGAACAACUUCGGAGGUGCCAUGGUCUGGGCCAUUGACUUGGAUGAUUUCACAGGCACUUUCUGCAAUGAAGGAAAAUUCCCUCUGAUCACCACCCUAAAGGAUGCUCUGGGCCUGCAGAGUACAAGUUGCAAAGCUCCAGCCCAACCCAUUACUCCCAUUACUGAGGCACCCUUCACAGGCAGUGUCAGCCCCAGUGAUAGUGGAUUCUGUGCCAACAAGGCCAAUGGCCUGUACCCUGACCCCACUGACAAGAAUGCCUUCUACAAUUGUGCAAAUGGGAAGACUUUCAUUCAGCACUGCCAGGCUGGCCUUGUCUUCGAAGCCUCCUGCUCCUGCUGCAGCUGGUCAUAGCAUGUGUCAGAUACCAUCUCACCCAGCCGCAGAAGUUGUUGUACAAUAAAAGGUUGAGCAUUACUGUA